AUGAAAAAUAUAACCGAUUCUUUUCUUUGCUUCAUUUACUGGCCAUCCGCCGGAAGUUUCGGGUUUGAUACCGAUAUUUUAGCAACAAAUCUAAUAAAUCUAAGUGUAGUGCUAGGUGUAUUAAUUUUUUUUGGAAAGGGAGUGUGUGCGAGUUGUUUAUUUCAAAGAUUAAGUGAUUUAUUAGAUAAUCGAAAACAGAGAAUCUUGAGAACUAUUCGAAAUUCAGAAGAACUACGGGAAGCAGCCGUUGAACAGCUGGAGAAAGCCCGGGCCCGCUUAAGGAAAGUAGAAACGGAAGCGGAUCGGUUUCGAGUGAAUGGUUAUUCCGAGAUAGAACGAGAAAAAUUGAAUUUAAUUAAUUCAAUUUAUACAACUUUGGAACAAUUCGAAAAUUACAAAAACGAAACGAUUCAUUUUGAACAACAAAGGGCGAUUAAUCAAGUGCAACAGACGGUUUUACAACAAGCAUUACAAGGAGCUCUGGGAACUCUGAAUAGUUGCUUAAACAAUGAGUUACAUUUACGUACGAUCGGUGCUAAUAUUGAUAUGUUUGGGGCGAUGAAAGAUAAAAAUAACUGA